AUGGGUUUCGCGCAGCUCGUCAUCGGCCCCGCCGGCAGCGGCAAGUCGACCUACUGCUCUGGUCUGUAUCAACAUUGCGAGACGGUGGGCAGGAGGAUUCAUAUGGUCAACCUGGAUCCAGCUGCAGAGCACUUCAGCUAUCCUGUAUCUACUGAUAUUAGAGAGCUCAUAUCACUGGAUGAUGUCAUGGAGGAGCUUGGGAUGGGACCAAAUGGCGGCCUCAUCUAUUGCAUGGAGCACCUUGAAGACAAUUUGGAUGAUUGGUUGGAUGAACAAUUGGAGAACUACUUGGAUGAUGACUAUCUUGUGUUUGAUUGUCCAGGCCAGAUUGAACUCUUCACUCAUGUUCCAGUUCUGCGCAACUUUGUUGAGUAUCUGAAACGGAAAAAUUUCACUGUUUGCGCUGUGUACCUUUUGGAUUCGCAGUUUGUCAGUGAUGUCACAAAAUACAUUAGCGGUUGCAUGGCUUCUCUUUCUGCUAUGAUUCAACUUGAGCUUCCUCAUAUCAACAUCCUUUCAAAGAUGGACCUGGUUUCCAAUAAAAAAGAUGUAGAAGAUUAUCUGAACCCCGAGGCACAGGUUCUUCUGUCACAGCUGAAUCGGCAGAUGGCACCUCGGUUUCACAAGUUAAACAAGGCUUUAGCUGAACUGGUUGAUGAUUACAACAUGGUGAAUUUCAUACCACUUGAUUUGAGGAAGGAGAGCAGCAUUCAGUAUGUGCUGUCAAACAUCGACAACUGCAUCCAGUACGGGGAAGACGCCGAUGUGAAGGUUAGGGACUUCAUUCCCGAGGAGGAUGAUUAA